CGCUCCGAAAAUACCUUUACUUUUGCUCCGUCUUCCUGAGCUAAAACCCUAAAACCUUUGCAGAAGUGCGAUACCUUGUUCAGUCGAUAUGUCGGGACGAGGAGAAGAGAGCGAUUCCGAUGCUCCCGAAGAACUCACUACCUUACAGGGAAUUGAAAAAGAUGAGGAGAUUAGAAAAGUUGAACGAGAAAAUAAGGCUAGAGUUGUUCGAGAAGGUAAGGAACGUCGUAGACAAUGGGCUCAAAAGUUAACUCCACGACAUACUCGAAAUGAUGAAAGCAUUGAAGACAUAAAAGAACCUGAGAAUGCCCAGGAGUCAAAGGACAAUGGAGGAAUGCUACCUGAUGAGAUUGUGAAAAUCCUUGUAGCUCGUGAGAAGAAAGUUUUCUCGUCAGACUCAGAGGAAGAACAUGAGAAGAAGCCCACCUCUAAAAAGAAAAGAUCCAAGAGCUCUGGAUCUGGACCAGUUAUUUUGAAGGAUCUACCACCUCCUCCGUGCUUAGAAAACUCACUGGAAUUCUUAAAGAAACGCAAGAUGCAGGUAUCAAGGUCAUCAGCUGUUUUGAACAAUUCCAGUCAAGCAUUACGGCUUCUAUCCACAUCUGGCUUGCUACGUAGCAAAUGAUGGCCGAUGAUUCUGAAAAUUGUAAGCUCAGGCUUACGCGAAUGUUGUAUCGCUUGCUGUAAUGAGAAAUAUGCUCUGCUAAAGGUGUUAAACGGAAAACGCCUUCCAGACAUCUGAUGGGGUAAACCAUAAAGAAAGAAAUCAAACGAUGUAACAAUUUUUGAUGGUAUAUUGCAACUUUGUUUUUCCCAAAUUAUGGAUGGGACUGUUCAACUGUCAAACUGCAACACUUCCAUGCCAAUCAAGUUUUGAAUCAUUAAGUAGUUAAGCAA